UUUUGAAUCAAUAAUACUGUUACUCAGACAUCAUGCCCGCCAAAACAACGUUGUGCGUAGGUCACGUCAGAAAAAUAGCUACAAACUACACCCGAAUGUAAAAACAAAAAAGACAACAUUAGUUACACAAAGAUUAAUGCAUGCUGCAACCAUCUACAUAAAAUAUAACAGUCAAUUAGCUUUAAUUAAGCUGCAUUAAUUGCAUUUUUUGCUGUGGUAAUGUUUCUCAGAUCACAACAAGGCAUGUUGUUUUGUAAAUAUCUAAAGUGAGAAACGGCCUACAGCGAUAACGAAUACACCAGUGGAGAGCUGAAUGUCUGUAGAUUUGUAUGAUACUAAAUAUGUGCAGGUAAUAAGAAGGGACUAAUGUGUAUUUCGAGGAGAAGGAAAGCCAAGAAGCACAAGUUAGUGCGGCGCGCUAGCAGCGCGAGCGGAUUUGGCCGGUGUCGGCGUGGUGCUGACGUUGCGGCUCGCGCUGGGCGCAUAUAGACACCGCGCUGUGCAGGGCCCGUCACUCUGCCUGCCUCCGUCACUGACUGCGUGUGCUGCCAGCUCCUUGUCUCGCUCUCUGUCUCCGCAUCAUCAUGGCCGACACUGCCGCCGACUCUCCAGCUGCGUCUUCUGCUCCUGCCGCCAGCAAGAAAGCCGCCGCCAAGACCAAGAAACCAGCCAAACCCUCGGAACACCCGAAAUACAACGUCAUGAUUGCAGCAGCCAUCGACACCCUGAAAGAACGGGGUGGCUCGUCACGACAGGCCAUCCUCAAGUACAUCCAGGCCAACUACAAAGUGGGCGACGAGGUGGCCAAGAUCAACGCUCGCCUCAAGACCGCCCUGAAAGCUGGCGUCAAGGUCGGGACCCUCAAGCAGUCGAAGGGGACUGGGGCAUCCGGUUCCUUUCGUCUGGGCGAGAAGAAGGUCGUCGCCGCACCCAAGCCUAAGAAAGCCAAGAAGCCUAAAGCUGCUGCUAUCAAGAAGCCUAAGGCUUCUCCCAAGAAGGCCGCUGCCAAAAAGCCCAAGGCUUCUCCCAAGAAGGUUGCUGUCAAGAAACCCAAAGCUGCUGCCGCUGCUGCUACCAAGAAAGCCAAGUCGCCCAAGAAGGCAGCUGCCAAGCCCAAAACUGCCAAGCCUGCUGCAGCCAAGAAGCCUAAGGCCACUAAACCAGCUGCAAAGAAAGCCGCCAAAAGCCCAGCCAAGAAGGCAGCCAAGCCCAAAGCCACCAAGGCUUAACUCUUGUCUUGACUACAGAUUCCUCCCUUUUUUCAAACCCUAACAAUGGUCCUUUUGAGGACCACAUGCUUUCCAUUUGAGAGUGCAUCUCUCCUCGCAAAGUUUGCAAAAAAGAUCUGUUUUGUGUUACUAAUUGACCCUUCAACAUUUUUUUCCUGCUUAAAAUCUUUCAUGUUUUGGCAAAUGUUACCAUUUCUCACUGUCCAACACACACAUUCCACUUGUAUUUUAGCUUGUGCUUUUUCCACUGGACUCGCUACCCCACCACUGUGUAGGCCUGUAGGGCAAAUUUGAGUUGCCAUCCAGGCCCAAGCCACAUGCAGUCAUGGAGGGUCAACAACAUUGUUUACACUCCAGGUAAGCUUUCACUUUAUGCCUUGUUGCUAAAUGUGCAUCACAUGCUUGUAAACAUAACUAAAAAGACAAAACCGUACACAUUUAGCCUCUUCUCAUAACCAUCUUACAAGCUCACAGUCACUAAAUGUAGCCUCUUGGCAAACAUAAGCCUAUUUUUCCCCCUGCCUCCAAACAUCGCUUUAAGCUUUACUCUUUUUGUUGUUGUUGAUCUUGAAAGGGAGAGUGCUUCCACCUCAAGGCGAUUUCGCACUAUGGGGGAAGAGGACCAGGGAUUUGCAGGGGAGGGGAAGGCUUUGGAGAGGUGGAAAACCCAAAUACACAACCAUCAGUGGUGAUCAUAUUGUGCACCUAGAUCUUUGGUUGUUCAGGUUUGAUGACAUUAUUAAAAAUUUUAAUUCUACAAAUUCUUGCAUGAACACAACUUUUUUUUUCUCUUCCAGAUAUUAUACUAGUUUAUUGAAUUUUGCUGGUUGAUUUCACUGAUAUAUUCUUAGAAAACUUAUAGUUUUUCACUAUAAAUUUAUCUUAAGUCUGUUUUGAAAAUAUGCUUGUAUGGGUUUGUAAAUGUUUGCAUGCAUGUGUAUAUUGAAAGAUGCAUGUAUGUAUAAAAGUGUGUGCAAGUCAGAAUUGGGCUCCUCCUUGUAAAUAAGACAAUUGUUUUCAGGCCCCUUAUUUGAACACUAUUCUACUUGGCGUUUAUCUUCCUUUGUAUUUCAGCUGUAUAUACUUCUUAAACCACUUCCCUAUAUGUUUAAGUUUGUGCUCACUUUAUUGAAUAGGCUAUCGGCCAAUUUCAAGGGGAACAUACAAUAUCAAGGUAAAUGCACAUAAACUGUAUAGUAUACAACAGAAUUAUGAAAAUAAAGAUAUUUACAUUUAUACAAGUCAUACUCUGCUUUUUUGUACAAUUUAAACACAAGCACUAAGAAAGCACAGAGAAAUACAACACUUUAGGGACCUAUCUCUCUGGUCUAAUGCUUUGGAGAAAAAUACAGCCAGAGGGUUAGAAAUAUUAGUUCUAGUUUUAGCUUAUGCUCAUAUGGGUGUGUGUGUACUUGCACGUGCAAGUUAACAAAUCCAUCAAUGGUUCUUCUCAACCUAGGCUAUUACAAAAUUUAUUAGAUACUUCAUUUUCUCAGGUUUUUUUUUUCCAUAGAACCUUAUUAACAUCAGGGUAAUAUAUGCAGCAUCAUAUGAUCAUUUUUUCAGCAUUCUUCAAGCUUUUCAUCUACAGUGUAGUCACACUUUCAAUUCUGAAGAAACUUUGAAAUCUGCUCUGUUCACAAAAACUGUGAGUACACAUUAGUAAGCCAAGUCUUUACGUAGGACGGGUGUAUAUAGAUUAAAAAUAUGUGAUAUUGAACUUUAUAUGUCUGUUUAUGUAAGCAAUUUUUCUCUCAUAUCAUUUCCUUUGUCCUUGGAUAUGCAUAUUUGCACUUAUGACUUCAAACACAAAAAUAUGAAAGCAAUUUUUCUCUCAUAUCAUUUAAUUUGUCCUUGGAUAUGCAUAUUUGCACUUAUGAUUUCAAACACAAAAACAUAGUUACAUGUACAUGCAUACUCACACAUAUACACACAAAUACAUACACUUGACACUGAUGGCUCAUAACCCAAAAGAAAAAAAAAUCCUUUUGAGCAGAUUUCCCCCUUUCCAAUGAGCUUAGUACACAGAAGCAUUAGAAACUCUUGCUGUAACGCCUGUAAGCACUCGACCUAAUACCACUAGAGUGACUAGCCCUAGAGACAGCUGCACACUACAUAACAAGGUGAAAAGAGGAGGA